GGUUUAGCUGAAGUGGUGACAGUUACUGUUUUUACGCCCCAGGCUGCAGAAAACGCCUGGUUUGUACCGUGACAGAACCCAGAACUGAACCAAGUGGACCUGCUGCUGCACCGCGACUCAUCAUGAAUUUCUUUCUGGAAUCAAUCCAGGUCCUCUUUCUCUCUUUAUGGUACAACAUAGAAUCUCUCAUUCACCUCUUGGUUCCGAGGAAGAAAAAGAACAUAGCUGGGGAGGUUGUUCUGAUCACAGGCGCCGGCAGUGGAAUCGGUCGCCUGAUGGCUCAGGAGUUUGCGGCUCAUGGUACCGUGCUGGUUCUGUGGGACAUUAACCAGGAGGGCAUAAAAGAAACCGCAAGAUUGGCCAAAAAUGGUGGAGCCAGCAGAGUCCACUGCUUCGUCUGUGAUUGCAGCAACAAGAAUGAAGUUUACAGAGUGGCUGAUCAGGUUAAGAGAGAAGUGGGUGAUGUCAGCAUCUUGGUGAACAAUGCCGGAAUUGUGACAGGGAAGAAAUUCAUGGAUGCUCCAGACUCUCUGAUUGAAAAGACCAUGGAGGUCAACGCUAUGGCUCACUUCUGGACCUACAAGGCCUUUCUACCUGCCAUGAUCGCCAAUAACCAUGGCCAUCUGGUCAGCAUUGCCAGCUCUGCUGGACUCAUUGGCGUAAAUGGAUUAGCAGACUAUUGUGCCAGUAAGUUUGCAGCUGUAGGUUUUGCUGAGUCGGUAGGCCUGGAGCUUCUAGCAACAGGAAAAGAUGGGAUCAAAACCACCAUUGUGUGCCCCUACUUUAUCAACACUGGGAUGUUUGAUGGAUGUCACACCAAGUGGCCAAGACUCCUGCCAAUCCUAAAUGCAGAGAAGGUAGCCAAGAAGAUUAUUCAUGCUGUCCUCACAGACCAAGUCUACCUUCUACUGCCUAAAAGCAUGUAUUUCAUCACUGCUCUGAAGAACAUCCUGCCCAUGAAGCAGGGCAUUCUGCUGGGUCAGUACCUGGGAGCCUUCAAUCUUAUGGACACAUUUAGGGGACGCUCCAAAAAGCAAGAGUGAGAGAGCUGUCAAUUAGAAGAGGAUUUACAUGAAGGAGAUAUUAAAGCAUUGAAGAUAUUAAAACAUUGAAACUAUGUGAAGUUUCUUCAUAAUUAAUCUGAAAACAUUUAAUUGUUUAAUUGUACAUAGAAAAUGAAUACCACUUGUGUAAAGGACUGCCUUUUAAAUAAAGUAAUGUCCAUUA